ACUAGCAAGUGCCUUUGCAUUCCUCACCUAUAUAAGUUAUAACCACCUACAACCACACCUAUAGUCUAAACAAAUCACUGCUAUGACUUCUUAUUCUUCCCUCCCUUUCAACCAAAAUGAUUCCCAACAAAUGCUCCUUUACCACCCUCAGCCUCAGGCUUCCUACAGAGGGGUCCGAAGGAGGCCGUGGGGGAAGUACGCCGCCGAGAUAAGGGACUCCACCAGGAACGGAGUCAGGGUUUGGUUGGGAACCUUCGACACUGCCGAGGAAGCUGCUUUGGCCUACGACCAGGCUGCGCUGGCCAUGCGAGGCUCCAUGGCUGUCUUGAAUUUUUCUGCUGAGACCGUUCGCCAGUCUCUUCGGAACAUCGACUGUGCUUCUUUCCAACAAGGCUCCUCUCCCGUUCUCGAGUUGAAGAAGAGACAUGCCAUCAACAGAAAAACCCUAAAAAACAAGAACCUCAAACAUCUCAAUAAUCUCAUAGUGUUGGAGGACUUGGGGACUGACUAUUUAGAACAACUUCUUACUCUCUCCUCCCAGGAUAUGGAUAUGGAUAUGAAUGCUUCUUAGUUACAUUACUCAACUCUUGCUUUUUCCUUUCACACCCCACCACCCACUUUCUUCUUCUUCUUUAUCAAUCUUUCAACUAUAUAUAUACUAUACACGCAUAUGCAUGCUUCACUCUUCCACUCCAAUCCAUAUAUACCAAGUCUAACUAAAAUAAAUAAAUCAUUUCCCACGUCUUUUUCCACUUCUCUUCACCUUCAAUCUUCGCCUCUAUAAUAUUAUCCUCUCUUCUUAACAAGUACAUACGUUUUUCCACAUCUAGAUCAAAUUAAUUCUUCCAUGAACUUUUAA